UAUUCUAAUCACAGCUCGCGCUCCAGCCUUCUCGGUGUUUGCCCAGUCUUAGCAGGCAAAGAGCAUUCUUUGCUGGCAGCAUUUGGAAUAAGGGAAAAACCAGAAGCUGCGUCAGGCUCUCAGGUCCCUCCUUUGCAGCCCCCUACCUAGAUGGCGGGAGAGAUGGCAGCGACAUCCCGGGCAUUUGCAAUCAAGCUAGUCCUUUUCACAGCUAGACUCCGCCCCCCUCCAACCGAUUUCAUGUCUUUUGCCCUCGUAAAUGGUGGGCCCCCUCCAGUGCGGCUUCCGGGUCGGCAUCAGUGAGCCAGAGCCGCCCGAGUUCCAGGGGAUGUUCACGGACCCCAAGGAGGCCCAAGGGCUGAUGGAGCCCAAGGCCGAGGUUCCCUUUCCUCCCGGGCGUCGUCCCCGGCCCCAGCCGACUUGUCCGGAGCCCGCCCCCGUGGCACACCCCGAGUGUGAUCCCCUGGCUAGGUUUGGGAUCUUGGUGCCUCAGAGUCUGCGGCAGGCCCAGGGAAGCUUCCGGGGUGGUUGCCGGGCUCCAGAGGCCAGAUUCAAAUCCUCCCACAGGAGAAACGGAAGCUGCCUGAUCAGCUGAAGGUGACUGGAGCACAGUUCCUCACAUUCGGUCUAAAUAAGUGAUUGCGUCUCUGGAAAGAAAAAAAAUCUUCAAAAAUCAUAAACCGGAGUGAGAAGCUUUCUAUGGCUCCCUGAGACUCGGGGAUCCCCGCUUCUACUUAGAAGACUGGAAAUAGGGCGUCCGAUCUCCCAAGGAAAAGACUCUUGGUAGGGAGGAACCUCUAACACGGAGAGGAGGAAGAGACGUUGCAGUGCCAUUGUGGUGAGGUUGAAUCUUGGCUAUGCCAUUUAAAACUUGAGCUCUCAAGACCUGUUUUCUCGUCUUUAAAAUGGGGAAAGAAGACUAGAUCAUCUCUAAGAUCUCAUCCUCCUCUAAGGCAUUUAUUCCUAAAUUGUCCCGUCAGAUAAAUUUCCUUCCAUAGCUAGAUUCACUCCUACCAGCUGUAGGAGGUGUAGUGGUUGCCAAGGGAAGUGACUUGAAGGGUACUUUGUUGUUGUUCAGUCCUUUCAGUCAUGUCCAAUUCUUCAUGACCCCAUUUGGAGUUUCCUUGGCCCGAGUACUGGAGUGGUUUGCCAUUUCCUUCUGUAAUUCAUUUUACAGAUAAGUAAACUGAAGCAAGCAGAUUAAGUGACUUGCUCAGGGUCACCCAGCUAAUAAAGGUCUGAGGCUAGAUUCGAACUCAGGAAGAUGUCAUCCUGACUCCAGGUGUUGUUAAAAAUAGAUUCGAAUACAGGACUACAAUCCCCACAAGCCUUUGCUCUACUUCCCCAAAAUGCUUUGUAAUCUCACUGGAAUUCUGAGGUGGGCCGAGAUCGAGAAAGUAUUUAAGCUGGUGGCAAAGGUUUUGGGGGCUCUUUUGGACUUCCGUUUUGGAGCAGAGGCGUCUCUUCCAUGAUGUGAGGUUAUUUUGUCUAGGCCUCUGGCCUAGGCACAUGUUUCUUACUUGUAUAUUCUUUAAUCCUUAAUAAACCUCUAAAUAAUAUAAUACUCCUUGCAGAGAGAAACUAAUUUCUACCUGCCUCAGUCUCCCCUAAAUUUUUAAUCUUUACAGUUGGCGAGCCAGCUGUCCUUAAAGGGUACCCCUGCCAGCCUGCAAUAGUUUCUGUAGUUCUGUCAUUUUUAGGCAAGGAAUUGAAGAUCUCCUUAGGAUCCACAUGUUUCAGACACUUAGGUAGCUCAAUGAAUUAAGAGCCAGGCCUAGAAACAGUCCUGGGUUCAAAUCUGGCCUCAGACACUUCCCAGAUAUAUGACCCUGGACAAGUCACUUAACCCCCACUGCUCAGCCCUCACUGCUCUUCUGCCCUAGACCCAAUACAUAGCAUUAAUUAUAAAACAGAAGAUAAGGAUUUGGGUUUUUUUUUAACAUCCUUUUGCAUGAUAAUACAAGUAUAACACAAAUCAAAUUGCCUACCAUCUCUGGGAGAGGGGAGGGAAGGAAGGGGAUAGAUAAUCUGCAUCUUAUAAUUUUG